AUGGAUUUUGUGUUAAACCUUAUACAUUAGUCUUAGACAAUACCCUUCAGACAAGGAGUAAAGUUCAACAACUACAAUCUAAUCUGCAUCAUCUCUGUUUGUGCAUACAUUUUGGCAUUAUUAAUUAAUGGCACAGUUGGUGUUAAGACUGCCAAAUCGACGAGCGAUAGUUAUAAAUUGGUAGUUACACCCCCUCCUUGGGCAUUUUCAAUAUGGGGAAUCAUUUUCAGCACUACAUUGGUGGCAUUAUUGUGGAGCAUUCAUUCAGUGUCUUGGAGUUUAGAAACUCACUUGUACUUUUGGCUAUAUUGUUUCACAAUUUCAGUUUGGAUCUUACUUUGGGCAAUAGUUAGCAAAAUAACAAUACUUUUAUGCAAAAUAGUGCUAAUUUUAUUAACAAUUAAUAUUUAUCUUCUUUGGAAGAGUACCUUGGUUUUGGAGAACGAUGAUUGGUCAAUAUACUUGAUGAGAGGAGCAAUAGCAUUCUAAUUGGGAUGGACUUCAAGUGCACAAUGUUUGAACUUCUGCAUUUGUUUAGUGCAUGUCUUUGGUGUCACACAAGACAUGAUAUCUAAAUUGAUUUGGGUAUGUAUAGUGGUUGCUCAUUCAAUUUAUUUGGGCUUAGCUUAUUGUCAUUCAAAAUAAUACAACAAGAAUGUGCUACUAAAUUUUGGAGGUUAUUUGUUGAGUAUGACUUGGGCAAUAAUGGGAGUGGCAAUUUCGUACAAUAAUUAUAGUUCUGGAAAAUCAAUUAAUAAAUAAAAAUGA